CUGUGCCUUUAAAACUGUAGCCACUACUCUAUUACCUAAUUCUACUUCCCACCUGCAGAAUGGAGGUCCUCUAUUUUGGGGGGAGCAAAGCCCAGUUUCGGAUGAUGGUUUGCAAAAAGAGCUUUUUUCUUGGCACUCGGAAACUCUCGGGAAUGACCUUGGCAGGCAGGCUUGAGUCUCGCUACAGCCAAACUAGCCAGCAAGUUAGGACGGCAGCUGGUUCGGCCUGGCCUGGCUCCCUUCCUAGAGCUCGCAGUGGAUCCUAUUGGAAAAAUGCCUUCUUCGAAAAGUUCACCCCACCACGGUUUUUCUCCGAAUUCAACAUGCCCCCCAGUGCUGAGUUUGUGGCUCGGCCAGUGGGGGUAUGUUCUCUGUUCAAGCUGCCCAUCCGGACGUCAUCAGAAGGUCUCGAUGCUGCUUUUGUGGGAGUCCCUCUUGACACUGGCACCUCCAACCGUCCUGGGGCCAGGUUUGGCCCUCGCCACAUUCGAGCCGAAUCAGCAAUGGUGAGGAGAUUCAACCCAAGCACCGGAGCAGAUCCUUACAAUUCCCUCAUGGUUGCUGAUAUCGGGGACGUGAAUGUCAACCUGUAUGACUUAAAGGACAGUUGCAGGCUAAUCCGAGAAGCCUUCCGAACAAUCGUGGUGGGUGGUUGCAUCCCCCUCACAAUGGGUGGAGACCACACAAUAACAUACCCCAUCCUGCAGGCCAUUGCAGAAAAGCACGGCCCUGUGGGGCUGGUACACGUGGAUGCCCACACGGACACAGGAGACAAAGCAUUAGGGGAGAAGAUCUACCACGGGACACCAUUCCGGCGUUGCGUGGACGAAGGGCUCUUGGACUGCAAACGGGUUGCUCAAAUUGGGAUCCGAGGUUCCUCCUACACAAGAGAUCCUUAUCAAUAUUGCUGGGAUCAGGGCUUCCGAGUGGUCUUAGCAGAAGAUUGCUGGAUGAAGUCACUCGUGCCUUUGAUGGCUGAAGUGAGAAAGCAAAUGGGAGACAGGCCUGUCUAUAUCAGCUUCGAUAUUGAUGGAAUAGACCCUGCCUAUGCUCCAGGCACUGGGACACCAGAAAUUGCUGGUCUCACUCCUUCCCAGGCAUUGGAGAUCAUUCACGGCUGCCAAGGGCUUAAUAUCGUCGGUUGUGACCUUGUUGAAGUGGCCCCCAUGUAUGACCUUUCUGGUAACACAGCUCUCCUAGGAGCCAAUCUGCUGUUUGAAAUGUUGUGUGUUCUCCCUGGAGUGAAGACAACAUGAGCUGUUCCAAGCAGAAGAUGCUGCUAGCAUCCAGGAAGACACCUAACAUGGAAGCUGCCUGUAGCCCUUCACCCAAUCCUUGUACCUCUCCUUCUGCUGACAAUUUCUGUUUUCCCAAAUAUGACUGUUUCUCAUUCUCGCUGCUACAGAGAAAAAAUUGUGAGCAGUUGGCCUUGCUUAACCAAGUUUGGGAGAUCUAUUGCAUUGGACACCCAACAUUCAUCCCAAACGUAGGGCCAGUUACAGAGCCAACCAAGUCCCCUCCUCGACCGAGAAUGUAAUAUUUUGCACAAAAAGCAAAUGUGGGACUGCAUACAAAUCAGGAUUGUUAAAUUGCAUAAUUUAUUUGGACUGUGGGAUAUGCAAGAAGGGGCAGAGAAAACCAUUACUCCAAAAGGGAUCAGGGAAGUUCGGAAGUAUCUCGCUGUUGCAACUCUACUAAGAGGCUCACUCCCCCCUCUAGGAAAUUUAGAUUGUAAGCUGUACAACACCCACUAACAGUAUCAUGUACCCAACUGCCAAGAUAGCCAGAAUCAUGCAAAAAUCCAAACCGCCAUGCAAUCACACAUUAAAAUAGUUUAUUUCA